AUGGAAGGCACUACCCGAAGCCAGACAUCUCCGACCUCUUCUCCAGCAGACUACGAGCCAUCCCAAAGCCUUCAUCACUCUAACGUACCUCUUGCAGCGGCCAAUGUGAUUGACCCAAUGCAAUCCUUGUUUCAUUGUGAUGACUAUCCUUUGUCGCUAGACCCAUCAGGGAAACAAUAUGGCACCAUAUACGGCCCCAUGGGACACGUGGGCGUGGAUGAGGUUGAGCUGCAGGCCAUGACAGUUUCGGAAUUCAGCAAGAAGGUUCUUUAUUUCCUCCAACUAAGUCAGAGCAAGGAUAUACAUUCAGAUAAUAGAAAAAUGCAACUCCCACACGGUGCCCAAGAACUGGUCAAUUCAACUACGACAGGAUCAUCUCCGAUCGCACUUUGUUACCCCAACAGGCCCAUAGGUCGCAACGCGGUAACCAAAGCUCGUUCAAAGGCCGUGAUCCAUAAUGACUCCCAUGGCAAUGUGAAAAAUCGCAUGAAAACAGCAUCUCAGAGAGCAAAUGGAUCUUCCAAACUAUGGAACGCAGGACUCGUUAUUGGAAGGCCUCUCGGAGAAGCACCCGGGGUAUAG